AUGGCAUUUGGAGCCAUUUGGCGCCACGUUCAGGCGAAACGAGCCGCGCAUCAGUGGAAAGUCUUGCAAUCCCAUCGUGUGGACGCCAAGACUUUGAUGCUGGGAAUGGUGCAGCGGCACACCAGCGACACGGGGCGCGCAAAGAUGCUGGCAGAACUCUUCUUCGAUUCUCUGGCGCGGGAGUGGCUGGAUGGGACACUCUUGGCAGUGGCCGCCGAGAUCCGCGCGCAAUGCCUGGCAGAUCUACCUGAUGCCUCAGGGGCUGCGGAACGUGCGUACCAACAGGCCUUCGUUGAGCGGAACUGGGAUGAAGUCAUCGAGUAUGUUUUGGAUGUGAACGCCUAUCUACAAAAGAUCUUCUCGAGCCUGUUCGAGGAUCGCAAGGUGGCCAUCACUAGAGUGCAGCGGCCGCAAAUUGCAGCUCAG